GAGCCUGCGCGCAGUGUUGUCCGGUCCGUGGAGAGAUUAAAUACACAACCGUGGAACCAUGUUUUCUAGGAGCCUGAACGUAUGUGUGACACUGUGUUUAUGGAUUACAGCGUUAACGAGCCCGGAAAGUGUGUCCGCGAGGAAACAGGACGACUCUUUCUUCACUGCCAGUAUUUACCGAGCAAGAUGCGCCUCGAGAUGCCUCAGUCUGCACAUCACUCGCAUCUCUGCUUUUUUCAAGCACUCCCAGAAUAAUGGAUCCUUGGUGUGGUGCCAGAAUCACAAGCAGUGCUCUAAGUGCCUGGAGCCCUGCAAGGAAUCCUGGGACCUGAAGGAAAACCAGUGCCAGGAUUUAUGUGAGCCCCUCUUUCCCAAGAAGCACUAUGAAUGUCUUACAAGCUGUGAGUUCUUGAAGUCAAUAGAGGGAGUGAAGCAGGGCGACUGUCCUGCCCCAGAGAAGGCCAGUGGCUUUGCAGCCGCCUGCGUGGAGAGCUGCGAGGAGGAUGGAGAGUGUUCAGCUGUCAAAAGGUGCUGCUCCAAUGGCUGUGGCCACACCUGCCAGCUGCCUAAGAACCUCUACAAAGGAGUCCCUCUGAAGCCAAGGAAAGAUCUGGUGUUUUUGGAGCAGCCAUCAGGUCAGCUGGAGAUCCACUGGUCCUCCAAGUUCAACAUCUCCGUGGAGCCCGUCCUCUAUGUGGUGCAGCGUCGUUGGAACUAUGGCAUCCAUCCCAGCGAGGACGAUGCCACAGAGUGGCAGACAGUUGCCCAGACUGCAGAGGAGCGUGUCCAACUGGCUGACAUCAGAGCAAGCAGAUGGUACCAGUUCAGAGUUGCUGCAGUCAAUGUCCACGGGACCCGCGGCUUCACUGCGCCUAGCAAACACUUCCGCUCCUCCAGAGAUCCGUCCGCCCCUCCCAGCCCAACCGGUCUGCGUAUCACCAACAUGUCGCUGGGCGAUGAAGGCCUGCUGACAGUUCGUCUUAACUGGACCUUGCCAGAGGAGCCUGAUAUCCCCAUACACCACUAUAAAGUGUUCUGGAGCUGGACUGUGCCCACCAGGUCGAUGGUGCCAUCCAAGAAGAAAAGGAGAAAGACCACCGAUGGGGCUCUGAGAUGGGUGAAUCUGGAGGGACUUCAACAAAACAGCAGCUACACUGUGGAACUGCAGGCUGUCACAUACUGGGGCCAGGUGCGACUGAAGAGCUCCAAGGCUUCUCUCCGCUUCAGCACCACCCAGAAUAAUGAGUCAGUAAAAUCAGUGCUCAAGUCAAAGAAGGAUGAUAUAUCCUCUCUUGGUUCCACCCUGCCCAAACGCCCUGCUGGUCCUCUAGAGGUAGGCACACCCUUCUACCAGGAUGGCCAGUUGCAAGUCCGUGUCUACUGGAAGCACCGGGGAGAUCCCACAGUGAGUCGCUAUCAUGUCCAGUGGAUGCCAGAGUAUUGCAGCCACAACGAGACCCGAGGACCAGAGAAAUCAGUCACACAGGAGAACUACAUUAACCUCCCGGGCCUGCUGUUCUCCUGCAAGUACAAAGUCACUGUUCACAUGCUGAAAUCCAAGAGACGCUCCAAGGAUGAGAGCACCACCUUCCUUACCCCAUCCUGUGCCACCAUCCGGAGCAAGACUCAUAAAUACAUCCCCUGCCCAGGUGAGGGAGUUCCAAGUCAUCCAAAGGUUUUGGCUAAGCCAGAGAACCUGACGGCUUCUUUCUCCAUCAACGAGGGAAACAUCACGGGAAACUUCCUGUGGCGCGUGUCCAGGGUUGCUCCCCAUCAGCGAAUCACAGGCUUCCAGGUCACCUGGGCCGAGAUCACCACUGAGAGCCGGCAAAACAGCCUGCCCAACAGUAUCAUCUCCCAGUCCCAGAUCCUGCCUCCAGAUCAUAACUUACUUGUAGUGUCCAACCUACGGCCAUCCACCUACUACAGACUGGAGGUGCAAGUCAUAACAACUGGAGGAGAAGGUCCUGCCACUGUAAAGACUUUCCAGACCCCGAACAUAUUACCAGUCAUUCAACAUCGACCCAGGCUCCGGCAGCACCACUCUCAUCACCAGAAGCCAUUAGUAGAGAGACACUGAGCCGUAUGUCGAGGCAAACCCAACGGGGAGAAGUACCAGCGGAUCUCUGCUCCUGCCUGUCAGAGAAGAAAUGUGUGGAACCAAACAGAAACACAGUGCACCAGACCAUGAACUGACCCCCCGGCUCGUCAAACAUGGGUCCAUCUUCUCCAGGCUCCACGACACAUCAGCUGUUCCUUCUUAACCGCUCUCUCCAGACUGACACAUGGCACCAGAUGGGUUGAUUUCUACAGUGAAAUUUAAGCUGCAAGGUUUCAUAUUCUGCAUUGAUUAGUUCAAAGUUCACCAACUCACCCAGACUCAUAAAGAAGCUGUGGAAUUCCAGGUAAAAGUAAGAUCCAAGAACCGCUAAAGUUAUUACUGAAGAUGGCUGAACAUGGAUGGGAGGAAAUGCCAGAACUGUAAAACAAUUGUGUAUCCAUGAAGAAGAAAAGUAGAAAUUCAUCUAUUUAUUUUGUGUUACCCUUUCAAGUGGCGCUUAGGCAUACAUACAUAUUAGUCAGUACAGAUGGAUAAUGUAAUUAAAGUCAUUGUUGUCUAACUCUGAAUAUUUCACAUAGUAUGUUGCAUGUAGUACAUUUGAUUUUUGAACUGUAAAUGAAUUACUUGCUUCAAAUUGAAAGAUUGUGAUGGUUUGGCAUGACAACUGUUAGCAAUCUGUUGGCAUGAGCUAAUGUCUGUGUUACCUCUUUUCAAUAUUUUUCAAUAUAUUUCAUUAACAGAUUAACAAAGAAUUAUAUCGGGAAUAAUGUAAUGUUUAUUAAUGAAAUUAUUAUGUGUGAAAAUGAUGAAUUGUACAUGUUCUUGGCUGUAGAAAUAUUUGUCGUGGAACAGUCAGUGAAUGUCUAUAUUUAUUUAUGUGUGUAUUACAAACCUUUGGUUUGGAUGUGUGUGAAUGUGUAUGUUUUGUGUGUUUUAGUUUCAAAUUUUUUUGAACCAGCAAAAAGAAAAAAAAAUCUUGUAAAGACAUUUUGUAAAAAUGGAAUUGUAAAUACAGUCUUAUGUUACAUGUUAUUUUUCCAUGGUAGAAACUGUACAAACUGCUAAGUAAUAAAACAAUCUGUAACCACUUCCCUU